AUGUCCGAAAUCACCAUCGGAGUGCUGGCCCUCCAAGGCGCCUUCAGCGAACACAUCCAACUCCUCCACCAAGCAGCCACUUACAUCGACUCGGAACCCUCGGCCCCGAAACGAAAAUGGUCAUUCAUCGAAGUACGCACAGCCGCUCAACUAUCCUCCUGUGCCGCCUUGAUCCUCCCCGGCGGCGAAAGCACCACAAUCUCUCUGGUGGCCGCACGAUCCAAUCUCCUCGAACCCCUGCGCGACUUUGUAAAAGCAGAACGCAAGCCCACCUGGGGAACCUGCGCUGGACUCAUCUUGCUCGCCGAGUCUGCAAACCGCACAAAGCAGACUGGACAGGAGUUGAUAGGAGGCUUGGAUGUACGCGUCAACCGCAACCAUUUCGGUCGUCAGGUGGAGAGUUUCGAGGCAGCGUUGGACUUGCCGUUUUUGGUUGAUGCGGGCGGGGAGGCUUUUGCUACGACCACGACGCCGUUCAGGAGUGUGUUUAUCAGGGCGCCUGUGGUGGAGAAGAUUCUAGAGACACGGGAGGGGGUGCAAGAGGAACAGGCCAAGUUGGACGAUACGGUUGUCGCGCCGGCCAAGGCAGUCUCCAAGGGAAAGGCAAUCGGCAAUGUCGAAGUCAUGGCGCGCUUGCCGGGAAGAGCAAAGGCGUUGAACGACAACAAGACUACAGCGAGGGAAUUGGGCGAGGAGGGCGAUAUUGUCGCUGUGAGACAGGGCAAUGUGUUUGGCACUAGCUUCCACCCUGAGUUGACGGGAGAUGCGAGGAUUCACGUGUGGUGGGUCAAGCAGGUACUACAGGCUGUAGAGUAA